AUGAAGUUGGGUAUUAUACCUUAUCAAGAGAGUACCGACAUUGUUUACAGUAAUGUUCCCCAAAAUCGGGAGGAACGGAGGAGACCUAAUCUACCACAGUUGGAAGCAACGCACCAAAUCAAAUCAUCAGUUCAGAGUGAAUGUUUUGAAUUUGUACGCACAGAGGAUAUUCCUUUAAAUCGCAGACACUUUGUGUACAGACCGUGCUCUGCGAAUCCAUUUUUCACCACUUUAGGAUAUGGUUGUACAGAAUACCCGUUUGACCAUUCUGGACUCAGCGUGAUGGACAGAUCCGACGGAUUAUCAAUUACUCGAGACAGAAACGACUUGGUUAGUGUUCCAGACCAAUACGGUUGGAGAACUGCAAGAAGCGAUGUAUGCAUUAAAGAGGGAAUGACAUAUUGGGAAGUGGAGGUGAUUCGUGGAGGCAAUGUGAAGUGCACACCAGGAGUUGAUAACAAGGAAAGAGCGGAUGAUUUAGUUGAUAAAGUGCAAAGUGGUAUAUACGAAAAAAUAAACAAGCAAGUAAAUGAAACCCCACACCUAAGGUUUGGAGUUUGCAGAAGGGAAGCCGGUUUAGAGGCUCCCGUUGGGUUUGAUGCGUACGGGUAUGGUGUUAGGGAUAUUUCUUUAGAAUCAAUUCACGAAGGAAAAUUGAAUUGCGUUUUGGAAAAUGGUUCGCCAUUGAAAGAGGGCGAUAAGAUUGGGUUUUUACUCAAACUUCCUAGCACUGCUGCUCAAAUCAAACAAGCUAAGGAGUUUACCAAAAGAAGAGUUCUAGCGUUGAACUCGAAUGUGAAUACAAUGAAUGAACCUUGGAGAGAAGAUACCGAUAAUGGGCCUUCGAGAAAAAAAUUGAAACAAGAGACGACGAAUAAGGAGUUCGAAAGGGCAUUAUUAGAAGACAUUGAAUAUGACGAUGUUGUUCGAGACCAAAUCGCCAUCAGAUACAAGAAUCAGUUAUUCUUUGAAGCCACAGAUUAUGUGAAGACAACGAAACCGGAAUAUUAUUCUUCUGAUAGAAGAGAGAGGGAAGACUACUACCAAUUGGAAGAUUCAUUCCUGGCUAUAUUUAAAAAUGGUAAAUACGUAGGUAAGGCGUUCGAGAAUUUAAAACCGUUUUUACCACCCUUUAGCGAAUUGCAAUAUAAUGAAAAGUUCUAUCUUGGAUAUUGGCAGCAUGGUGAAGCUCGUGAAGAGUCUAAUGAUAAAGGCACAACCAAUGUGAAGAAAAAAAAGCAGCAACAGAAGAAGAAAAAGGGAUUGAUACUCAGAAACAAGUACGUGAAUAAUAACAAAUUGGGUUACUAUCCGACAAUUAGUUGCUUCAAUGGUGGAACUGCAAGAAUAAUUACUGAAGCAAAUAAAUUGGAGUAUCUCGACCAAGUUAAAGCAAAUUGUUGUGUCGGCAGAGAUUCAAGAGUUAACACGCUGGAUACAUUGUACAAAGAACAAAUAGCAGAAGACAUAGUAUGGGACAUAAUCGAUGAAUUGGAGCAAAUUGCCUCAACAAUAACCUAG